CGGACCAUAUUUAUUUUAGCUUCUGGGCUACAUGUAGUCAUGCUGCCCAUGUGGAACAUAUAACUCAAAUAAAAGCUCUUUACAUCGGUUCAUUCACAUUAAAACCCGUAGUUGUCUGAAAUGGCGAAGGAUGGUGCAGCGAAACUGUCCAAAAAUCUCCUGCGGAUGAAGUUCAUGCAGAGAGGGCUGGACGCAGAGCUGAAGAAGCAGCUGGAUGAGGAGGAGAAGAGGAUCAUCAGUGAUGAGCACUGGUUCCUGGACCUUCCUGAGCUCAAGGCCAAAGAAAACCAUAUCAUUGAGGAGAGAAGUUGCGUUCCCUGUGAGGAUUUGGUUUAUGGCAGAAUGUCAUUCAGAGGCUUCAAUCCUGAAGUUGAGAAAUUAAUGUUACUAAUGAACACGCACAAAGAGGAAGAGGAGGACGAAGAGGAGGACGAUGUGAGCAGAAUGGAAACUGAUAUUACAGAUGAAGAGAUGGCCAGACGAUAUGAAAGCUUGGUUGAGAGCAUGAGGAAAAAGUUUGCCAAGAAAAGAAAUCGCUCCACAGUUACUAAGAGUGAAGAGGACGUCAACUGCAAUGUUGUUGGUGAUCAACCCAAAAAGGUGUUCCUGAAACCUCAGGACUGAGACGUUUUCAUCACACAACUGCGCUCUUUAUAAGUGUUUAUUUUUUAUGCAAUGGACAUUUUUUAUGUUUAAUGACGACGACAUGAUUUUAUGGAAAGGG